AUUGCCGCCAACAAAAAGCAUCCUCUACAAUUAAUCUGUUAGAAGCAAUUGACGAAUACCAUGCUCGCCUCUCGCCCGGUAGCUUCCAACGCUGCUUGCUCAAACCGUCGAACAAAGUCCAGGUCACUGACCAUGAAUGCCCAGGCAUCCGGUGCGCAUGGGGCUACCCGCACAGGGCGGAUGGUGCUUUACGAUGUGCCUCUUAGCAACAAUGGAGCCCGCAACAGGUACAUCAUUCGCAAAAAAGGACUCGAAAAUGAGAUCGAUAUUGUAAGCCCUCAGACGAUUGGUGGUUUGAAGAGCCCCGAGUACCUAGCCCUGAAUCCGCAAGGCAAAAUGCCGCUGCUAGUUCUGGAGGAUGGAACAGCAAUCCCAGAAAGCGAGGUCAUCAGCCAGUACCUGCUGGACCGCUUCGCCGACCGCGGCCCCUCACUGCGGGCAGCCACUCCGGAGGCCCGGGCCAGGGCCGCCCUGGCCACCCGGUUGCACGACCUGUACAUCUGCUCGGUGCAGGCCGCCAUGUACCGCCGCAUGGAGCGGCCGGAGGAGCGGGCGGCGCAGAUCGGGCAGAUCGCCUUCCAGCUGGGGGUGCUGGAGGGGGUGGUGCAGGGCCCCUACAUCGCGGGCGCCGACCCCACCUCCGCCGACGCCGCUCUGUUCCCCACCUUUGUGUUCCUCACCUUCAUGCUGCCGCGCUACUUCGGCUGGCGGGACGUGUUCGCGGGCAAGCCCCGACUGGCAGCCUGGUGGAGGACCAUGCAGGCAGACCCGGCGGCGGCGCAGAUCAUGUUGGAGAUCGAGGGCGGGCUGGAGGGCUGGGCAGCCAGCAACCGGUGGCAGGAGCAGGGCAUUCUGGACCAGGUGGCCAAUACCAGCUUCAAAUGGGCUUACUGAGGAGGAGGAGGAGGAGGAGGUGGGGGGACGGUGGCUGUGACCCGUGGGUCGCCCAGGUGGCCAUGCAUACUGGCACAUGAGUGAAGGCCCUGGAAGAAGAUGAGUGAGGAGGCCACCAACAUGCUGUUCGGGUUCGCAUGGUGCGCAUGCAGCAACACAGGUGUGGGUUUAUUAUGUGGGAAGAUAAACAACCAAACGUGUGGACCAUCUUCGCAACAGCCUGGCAGAGUACGGCAGGUCGGACUUUGCAACAUGUGUCAAGUCAUGGAACUGUGCACCGGCGGAUGAGUUUCGGAGGGACGGUGGAGAAAGAAGACGCGAGAGAAGAGUGGAAGCAUGUGAGAGCGAAGAGGAAAGUUGAUCCCUAGGAGUGUCGCAACCUUUCUCGCGCAUGUGGAAAGGUGUGCUGGGCGUUAGCGAGAGGGUGUUGCCGUAUUUUUGUCCCCCUUACACACGUGCGCUAAACCACCUGAGGAGGUUCCGCCCGGUGUGUCGGUGACGACGGUGAGGUGAGCAGCCAUCUGCGGGUGAGAGCGGCAAGCAGGCUGGCAAGCCCUGAGGGUGCAGCCUGCGGACACCCGUCGUUUGGGGAAGCGUUGAGGGGAAGCGGUUGCAGCAAAGUGCAUUGCGAUGGCACCGCAUGACAAUUGAUGCAAGCUCCCUGCCUGUUGCUGCAGCUUUGCCAUUUAUAAAAUUUUCUUAGUUGCCGUUUUGCCGUUGCAAAGUACGAGGGAAGUUCAUACCAAUGUUAUGUCGGCGGACAGCGGGGGUGGGAACGGUCUCACUCAAAUAUUCCCGGUAUCGCAUUUUACCGGUCUUUCUUGUACCCGUUUGCGAGAGAUGAGAUGAGGGGGGGGCUGCUAUUCAGUUGGGUUUGCUUCCUGCUUCGUGCUGCCGUGGCAACGUUGCCGUUACAUGCUAUUCAACCGCACCGAAUGCAUGCUGCUGGGACAAUAACUGUACAACUGCCAACUGC